AAAAGAUGAAAAAGUAGUAAACGGCGAAGAGAGACAUGGAUGUGAUCGUGUGAGGUACUAUACGGAUAGUGCAGGCCCGGAAAUACCCUUAGGAACAGUCUGAGGUAUCACUGACCUUGAUGAAAGGCGGCUUAUCAACUUUGUCAGCUGCUGACAGAAGACGCAAUGUACACUUGUAGAGUCAAAUAGCAGUGCCCAAUAAUUUAUAUAUCUUGAGCCCCAUUGAAGGUUCCAUGUUCCCCUAAUUCAUUACGUAGAAAGCUUGUACCUUUUUGGUGUAAUUGCGCUGCAGGUGGUACCUCAGCGCUGACAAUUUCUCGUGCUGCCAUAGGGUCCGAAGCCGCUGGUGACGGCAACGGGUGUGAGACCCUUCUUUUCCACGUUCCCAAGUCUUCUUCUUAAUAAACCUUACUCAAGUAACUUUGUUUCUUCUGCAUCAUUUCGGUUUCUUCGGGUCGCCGAUUGAAGAGGACAGCUCUCGCGCCCGAGCUCACCCCUAUAGGGAUCUGCUUCCCUCGCCCAAUCUCUCCUUGCAUCUUGCUCUAGCAACUGUCGGCCGCUUCCUCACGUUUGGAGAGAUCGGGUCAUGUCGACCACUGUUGGCGCCUUCAUUGCUGGCGGCAUUGCCGCCUGCGGUGCUGUUACUGCAACACAUCCUUUUGAGACGGUCAAAAUUCGUAUGCAGUUGCAAGGCGAGCUUCAGAACAAGGGCCACCAACCUCACCAUUACAGAGGACCGAUCCAUGGUGUGAGCGUCAUUGUGCGCAACGAAGGUGUCCGUAAUAUCUACCGCGGAAUUGGUGCGGCCUAUAUCUACCAAGUCCUUCUCAAUGGCUGCCGUCUCGGCUUCUACGACCCUAUGCGCAAUGCGCUCGCGAGCUUCUUCCUCAAGGACGGAAAAGCCCAGAAUCUGGGCAUCAAUAUGUUCUGCGGUGCAGCCUCGGGCGUCAUCGGCGCCGCCGCCGGAAGCCCCUUCUUCCUUGUCAAGACACGUUUACAGAGUUUCUCGGCGUUCCGACCCGUUGGCACACAGCACCACUACCGGGGCGCAUGGCAUGGCUUCAAGUCUAUCUAUGGAACUGAGGGUAUCAGUGGUCUCUACCGUGGUGUGCAGGCUGCCAUGAUCAGGACUGCUUUUGGCAGCUCUGUUCAGCUUCCCACAUACUUCUUCGCUAAGCGUCGCCUGGUUCGUCAUUUUGAUAUGGAAGAGGGCCCCGGUCUGCACUUGGCUUCCAGUGCUAUCAGUGGCUUCGUUGUAUGCUGCGUGAUGCAUCCUCCUGGUAAGUCUUACACCCGAACCAAAGCUAAGUUUGGCGGCUGACAUUCACGUCUCAGACACCAUCAUGUCCCGUAUGUACAACCAGAACGGCAAUCUUUACAGCAGCGUUGCCGAUUGUCUCUCCAAAACCAUUCGUUCCGAGGGUCUCUUUGCUCUGUACAAGGGAUUCUUCCCUCAUCUUGCCCGAAUUCUACCCCACACCAUCCUUACUCUGAGCUUAGCUGAGCAGACCAAUAAGCUGGUCCGCAAGAUCGAGGAUCGCAUUCUCCCCGGAAGGUUGGAGAUGGCGACUUAAAGAUGAUGAGAUUAUUAGUAGAGGUCAAUAAUGAACGGGGCGGCAGAUUGAUUAGCGAGCAUCGAUCUAUGAGCAAAACUGCUCUUGUAUAUGACGAAAAAGAAAGAAAUAUUUUGAGUCCUCAUUUAUAUGAUUAUCUAGCAGGACAAUAGGAGCAUUCGGCACCGCCUGGGUCAUGGGUUUGGCAAUCAAAAGGCGGCGUGGCGUAUUUGAGGAGUUUUUAGUCACGAUAGAUACUGUGACAUACCAGAAUAUAUCAAUAUGAGUGUUCACAUUUUUGUACGAAUUGAUGAUCUACCCAUGAAUUGACCGCUUGCAGCCAUAGCAUAGCCGGCCUGCACCGGCUGCCCCCGGCCCGUCCCCGGCAUCAUCGCCUAUCUCUCCGGCCCAUCGCGAAUCUCCCUCGGCAUCAAGUGACAUUCCGCAGCUUCCGCAGAGGCUCUUUCCAGGAACUCGGUCCAGCUUUGUAGUUGUGCGCACCACGUUGGCAACGAUUCCAGCAUAUCCCUCCUCUACACUAUCAAAGUACCGUGUCAUGACCUCCUCGAUGCUCAGGUCCUUGUGUGAAACAACACUGUUUCCGGCCUUGGCACCUGCUUGGUUGACGGGAACAACCCCCUUUAAUGAGGGAACAAGAUCGAUGUACUGAACCAGCUCGUUGCGAAAGAUCUCGCGCAGGGGAUAGUAGACCGGGAAUUCUAGUCGGCCGGUCUCCUGGGCGGCGGCGCCCUCGACUGCCUCGUAUAUGCAUACAGUUGUCAUGCCGUCAGCAACCUGUAACGGAACUGCAAAGCCUCUACCGUUGGCGACCUCUGAUAGUGUCAAGGCGGCGAGUGCUGUUGUGCUGUGGCCGAGGAGAAGCGCUGAGCAUGAGUGCUCCUGGGCUUUCUGGAGAAGAAGGUGACGGAUAAGCUGACGGAGAACAUCUGUUCGUGAGGUCAAUGUGGGUAAAGCAUUGAAAAGUCGUUGAAGGCGAGCGUUUGCAUCAUCAUCUGGUGUGACAGCGUCGAGGGGUAGAGUUGACCAGUCGAUGCUCUUCACAGAGAGGACGUCCUUUAGAGGAACACACUCGAACAUGGCAUUUGGCAAUACACGACGGUACUCCUCCAGCAGCUGCUUAGCAGGAGAUUCUCCCUCGAUGUGUGAUAACUCAGUAUCGAUAUGAAUAAUCACAGGCUCAAAUGGUGAAGAUGCCUUGUUCUCUGAGUGGUGGCGAGCCUGCUCGCUGAGCAACUGGGCCAGGACACUAGAUGAAGGUCCAAAAGACAGGCCAGCCAGGUACCUCCGGGUAGUGAGCUUCUUUGAAGAGCGAGUGUUUUUAUGAAGUGCGCCGAGACGCUUGUUUAGUUUAUAAGCGACAUAUUGGAUAUAGCAAUCACUG